UGUAAAAAAGUGACAAAAGCGAGAACAGACAGUGACUUACUCCAAAAUGUCCACUUCACAGACAAACAAAGUGAAGGUAUAUAAAGUCUGUGUUUCCAUCUCUGAGACAUCCUGUGACCAGAAACUGCUGCUGGAACAGACUCUUCAACUAACCAUCAGAACAAGAUGGCUGCCGGUCUUCUCUUCUCUCUGCUUCUUGGUCUGAGCUUUGGACUCUGGGAUGGAGCUGAUGCCGGAUGUCAACUGAAAGUUGCCGACUGCGAUAAGUGCACUCAGGGUUGGAGUUGGCUUGAGGGUCGGUGUUUCCUGCAUGUGAACAUUGAAAUGACCUGGGGUGAUGCAGAGAAAUUCUGCCUCACAAUGGAUUCACAUCUGACCUCAAUAAACACCUUACAUGAGUACCACUUCAUCAGAGAGCUUGCCUUCAAUGCCACUGGAACACACAGACAAACUUGGGUUGGAGGUCAUGAUUCAGCACAGGAUGGCAUCUGGUUUUGGAGUGAUGGCUCCAAGUUUGUAUUUCAUCACUGGGCGAUGAGGAGCCAAACAAUUUUGGUGGAAACGAAAAAUGCAUGGACAUCAACAUAUUUGGACGAGAUCAAAUUAAUGAUAAUGAAUGUUCUAAGAAGCUUCGCUUCAUCUGUGCCAGAUCGCUGUAACCUUCUGAUGCCAAAUAAUCUGAACCUGGAUGUCAAGCUUCGAUGACAUCACUGCUGGAAGAACCUGAUUUCACUUGAUUUGAUCCCUGAAAUAAAUGUUUUCUUUCUCCGAAAUCUGAUUGCUUUAACUAUAGGAUUUAAAAUAUAUCAAGAUUCCACUAAUUGGUAAUAUUUCUAAAUCUCAGCUAUAAAUUUGUACUGUAAUAAAUAAGUGCAUUAGUAAAGUAAUAAAAAUCUAUAAAAUAUGAA